AUGUAUUGGAAAAGCGAUCAGAUGUUUGUGUGUAAACUAGAAGAAAAGGACGUGCCGGAGCUGGCAGUUCCCCUUGAGAAGUGCCAGGGUCUCAUGUCGGAGGAGUGCGGGCGGCCUGCAGCCCUAGCGGCUGGGAGGACUCGGAAAGGCGCCGGGGAAGAGGGGCUGGUGAGCCCCGAGGGAGUGGGGGACGAGGACUCGUGCUCCUCCUCGGCCCCGCUGUCCCCGUCGUCCUCGCCCCGGUCCAUGGCCUCGGGCUCCGUCUGCCCUCCUGGCAAGUGUGUGUGCAGCAGCUGCGGCCUGGAGAUCGUGGACAAGUACCUUCUCAAGGUGAACGACCUGUGCUGGCAUGUCCGGUGUCUCUCCUGCAGCGUCUGCAGGACCUCCUUAGGAAGGCACACCAGCUGUUACAUUAAAGACAAAGACAUUUUCUGCAAACUUGAUUAUUUCAGAAGGUAUGGAACUCGCUGCUCUCGCUGUGGGAGGCACAUCCAUUCUACUGACUGGGUCCGGAGGGCCAAGGGGAAUGUCUAUCAUUUGGCGUGCUUUGCCUGCUUUUCUUGCAAAAGACAACUUUCCACGGGCGAGGAGUUUGCUUUAGUGGAAGAGAAAGUCCUCUGCAGAGUGCAUUAUGACUGCAUGCUGGAUAAUUUAAAAAGAGAAGUGGAAAAUGGUAAUGGGAUUAGUGUUGAAGGCGCCCUCCUUACAGAGCAAGAUGUUAAUCAUCCAAAACCAGCAAAAAGAGCUCGGACCAGCUUUACAGCAGACCAGCUCCAGGUUAUGCAAGCACAGUUUGCUCAGGACAACAACCCAGAUGCACAGACUCUCCAGAAACUGGCAGAAAGGACAGGCUUGAGCAGACGUGUGAUACAGGUAUGGUUUCAGAACUGUAGAGCUCGCCACAAGAAGCAUGUCAGCCCUAACCACUCCUCCUCUGCCCCAGUCACAGCAGUGCCGCCCUCCAGACUGUCUCCACCCAUGUUAGAAGAAAUGGCUUACUCUGCCUACGUGCCCCAAGAUGGGACGAUGCUAACUGCACUGCAUAGUUAUAUGGAUGCUCAUUCACCAACAACUCUUGGACUCCAGCCCUUGUUACCCCAUUCAAUGACACAACUGCCAAUAAGUCAUACUUAA